GAUAUGGAUGGAUGUGUGGGAUGGGAUGGGAUGGAAUGGGAUGGGAUGGGAUGGAGAUACUAGAAGAGUGUCUAUAAUCUAUAAUAGACUUAUGAGGCUGAUACCAACUACUUUAUACACCCUGAACUAAACCCUACUCUCCAAUACUAUCAUGACUCCCUGUCUAUUCUUCUCUAUAUUCUCCUCGACUAACUUAAGUUAACGUUAAUCUUUUGGGAGAGAGCCUUGCCACUCUUAUCCACCAAGUCAACCUUUACCCUUUACCCUUUACCCUUAACCCUGAUGCCCCUCCCCUCCCGCCGCCCACCUUAGCUAACACAGUCCUGCACUCCCCACUUCCUUCCUCCUUCUCCCAGCUUACUCACUCCGCCACUCGCUGGCCUACCUUGACUACUCUCCUCUACUCCCUUUUUACCUUUUACCUCUCCUCCUCCAUAAUCACCACCGACGACCCUCGUUGUCCUGCCAUUGUCUCCGACACCCACCACCCCUUCUCACUGUCGAACUAUCGGUGACAUCACCCCCCUCCAACCCAUCACCCUCCUCCAACCCAUCACCACCACCACCCACACCCACCCUCACCCUGCUCCACAGAGCGAUGUGACUGUCACCGCCCGUUCCCACAGCAGAUCCUCUCCCACGCGAAACCACAAUGCCCAACCCCGACCCCUCCAGCACGGCCGCGACCUCAUCUCGCGGCGGCUCCGGCGCCGCGACCCCCGACCACUACGACGACGACCGCCACCACGCCGCCGCGACACCCCAAUGGCACCCUCUGCACGACCAGACGUCGCCCGACUCCGCCGCCCUGCCCCGCGCCACCGCGCCGCUCCAGAAGCGCCGCCGCGUCACACGCGCCUGCGACGAGUGUAGGCGGAAGAAGAUAAAAUGUGAUGGGAAACAGCCGUGCACGCACUGCACGGUUUAUAGCUAUGAAUGCACAUUCGACCAGCCGUCGAACCGCCGCCGUAACCCGGCACCACAAUACAUAGAAGCGCUGGAGACGCGGCUCCAGCGCGCAGAAGUGCUCCUACGCUCUUUCGUCCCGAACAUCGAUCUCAGCGACCCGAACUUGGAAGCUGCGGUGUCGGCAGCGCGCAAGGGCGCAGGAACAGCAGGACAAGCGCAUUUCGGAGCCGAGAGAGCGAUGUCCGAGUCCUCGCGACCCGGGACCUCGGAGCCGGGCGGCGAAGAGGGGGACGACGCGCAGCUGAGCUCGAUGAUCGAGACGACGGGGCAGCUGGAGAUAGAUGAGCGCGGCCACUGGGAUUUCCACGGCGGGUCGUCCGGAGCGGUGUUCCUGCAGCAGAUGCGCGAGCAGUUCGAUGGGCUGCUGGGGAAUGAUACGAAGGCGCCGUUUCUGCCGCGGCUGUCGCCGAGACCGUCGACGUUUGCGCAGCUCGAGUCGCCGAGGUCGAUGGCCGAGUCGCCGUUUGAGGGGGGGUUGCCGAAUACCCUUGAUCUGCCGGAUAGGGAGGUGGCGCUGAAUCUGUGCUCGAAUGCGCUGGAUUGCGCGUGUGCGCUGCUGAGGAUCCUGCAUACGCCGUCGUUUUAUGAGAUGUUUGAUCGUAUUUAUGAUACACCGCCGGAAAAUUUUGGGGAUGAGGAGAAUAGAUUCCUCCCGUUGCUGUAUUCGAUAUUGGCUCUGGGAAGCAUGUUUAUGGAUCACCCGGGCGCGCAUAAGGGGCAAGAUGUGUCGUAUAAGGAGGGCAUUGAUCAAGGACUAAAAUACUUCACCGCCGCCCGCCAGAUGAUGGAAAUCACCGACUGCCGCGACAUGCCCUCGCUACAAGCCGUCCUCUUCAUGAUCCUCUUCCUCCAGUCCUCCGCCAACCUGAGCACGUGCUACUCGUACAUUGGGAUUGCAUUGCGCUCAGCGCUUCGCAUGGGCUUGCACCGCAACCUCACGUACAGCUUCAACCCGAUUGAGCGUGAGACGCGCCGCCGCGCCUUCUGGAUCAUCCGUAAGAUGGACACAUACGUGAGCGCACUUCUCGGGUUCCCCAAGAUGCUCAACGACGAGGACGUCGACCAAGAGCUGCCCGUCGAGGUCGACGACGAGUAUAUCACCCGCGACGCCAUCUUACCGAUGCCGCCGGGAAAGCUAUCCACCCUCGCGGCCAGCAAUGCACAUACGAAACUCAUGUUCAUCCUCGCAAAGGUCAUCCGCGACGUCUACCCGCUCAAAUCUGCCGAGCAGUGCAUGCCAGGCUCCGAGCGCCCAACUUACGUUGUCAGCCACGCCAAGAUCCAGGCUAUCGAAUAUGACCUUCAGGCCUGGCUCGAGAAGCUCCCCAUGGGCCUCCGACCCGGCGGCGACGCCCCCGAGGACGUAGUUCGCGUCCAACAACUCCUCCGCAUGGCCUACGCACACGUCCAAAUGAUGCUCUACCGCCCCUUCCUCCACUACGUAUCCUCCCGCCCACCUGCCCGCGGCAGCAAGCCCGUCGACGAGCGCAGCUACGCCUGCGCCGCCGCCUGCGUCAGCGUCUCACGCAACAUCGUGCACAUCACUGCUGAGAUGAAACGGCGCGGCUUCCUAAUCGGCGCGUACUGGUUCACCAUGUACACGACCUUCUUCGCGAUCCUCUCGCUCGCCUUCUUCGUGCUCGAGAACCCAGGGAAGCCGGGGGCGGAGGAGAUCAUGGAGAAUGCGAGUGUGGGCCGCGACACCCUCAAGGCGUUGGCGAGACGGAGUAUGGCAGCCGAUAGGUGCAGUCAAUCCCUCACCGUCCUCUUCGAACAGCUUCAUCUUCGCUUAAACCUCAACCCCCCCCGGCAGACAAAAUCAAACAAACGCUCCCAACUCUCUCACCACCUCGCCACCCCAAGCACCACCACCACCAGCAAACCCAGCAAAUCAACAGCGACAACCUCCAGCACGCCCGACCUCGCCGCCCCACAACGCGCACGCACUUUCCCUACCCCCCCUUCACAAUUCCCAUUAAACCCACACCGCCGCUUCGCUCCCUCGACUAGCGAUCCGAACUUACGCGCUUCAUUCGAUAUGCGCGCCUCCAUUCCCUCGGGUGGUACCUCAGCAGGUGGAGGAUCGACGCCCGAUACGCCAGCGUCGAUGACGUCGAUGGGGAUGGGAGGGUUGGGGCUGGGACAGCAGCAGGGACAGCAGCAGGGUCAUCAGCAGGGUCAGCAGCAGGGUCAGCAGCAGGGUCAGCAGCAGGGGCAGCAGCAGGGGCAGCAGUAUUAUGGCGGGCUGGGGGGUGGGGGUGGGAUGGGGGAGGACUUGCCGGAUUUGUCGACUGUGAUGUUUUCGAGUAGUGAUCCGUUUGCGUAUCCGGCGCAGCCGAUGUUGAAUACGUAUCCCACUACCACCGGCAAGGGGGGGGGGAUGGAUAGUAGCGGCGAGACAAAGAUGGAUGAUAAUACCGGUGGAGAGGGCGGGGAUGUGCCAGCAAGGACGACGUACCUCGACCCCAGCAUGACGGGUAACAGCGGCCUCUUCUCUGACCCCUCGUUGGGGAUGUACGGUGAUCUGGAAGGUCAGAUAUUUGGCCCGCUGCCGGGGUUUCUGAUGGAGGGCGGGAUGGGGGGGAUGGGGAUGGGGAUGGGUAUGAAUGGGUUUGGGGGCGAUGGGAUGGGGGGGACGGCGGGGCAGGGGGUGGUGCAGCAGGUUGGGAUGGUGGGGUUGGGGAUGAGUGGGGGGAUGGGGAAUUUUGGGGGGAUGGGGGGAUGGGGGGGUACGAGGGGGAGUAUGGGGAGAAUUGGGGGGGUGGGGGUGGUGGUAAUGGGGGGUAUGGUGGGGAGAGGGGUGUAGGUGGUGAGGAUGGGAUGGCUUUUUAGACGGUUUUUGUUUGCAUUGGGAGGGUUAAUUUGGCUCGUGUUUUGGGUUGUUGUAGAUUGGGUUGGAUUUAUGGCUGGGUGUAUGAAUAUGGUAUAUGGUAUGGGUAUAUAAAACAUAACGUAAAUGAGGUGGUAAGGAUAUAAUGAAUAUGAGGAUGAAUAUAUACCAACUAUACGUA